CGUCUUGAAGAAAACAAGCGUUGCUCACAUGCGGGUCACAUGACCAAUCAGCAGACCGUGUGACUUCCCUCAAUAACUGGAGUCGGUCGGCGGGGCUUGUCUGACCUGACCGGCGGCAGCCACCGGCGGAGGUCGAGACACGAACAACCUUUGCUCCACGACGCAACUUCUUGGGAGUCUUCACCGGUGAAGCGUGAGUCCUCACCCCGUGUGAGGACGACGACGAAGGUCCCGUCUGCAUUAGCUUCAGACUUCCACGGGGACAAUGGCACAGCUGCCCUUCCCGCAGCCCGGUUUCGGGCUGCUGACCUGCGCGCUGUUGUUCGUACUGCCUUUGUACGCUGCAUGUCACCCGAUGCGGAUCUCAGAUCAGCCGCAGCUCGUAAUGGAGCGUCUCAGCCUGCCAAUGGUCAAAUUCAACUGGACCAGCAUCUCCUGCCGCGUGUGCCAAGCACUCUUCACCAUCCUGGAUGUGGCUCUCCUGAGCGACAUCAAUGAAGAGCGAGUGGCGCGCGCCGUCGGUGAGGCUUGCAUCCGCCUCCACCUGGCCGACGAGCAGGUGUGUCGUGACAUCACUGAGCUUUUUCGGGAUGACUUCAUCCGGGCCUUGCAGGAGUCGUUGCUGUGGCCUACCGAGGCUUGCGCCUUCCUGGUGGGGCCCUCCUGUGGCAAGUUUGACAUCUACGCAUCGUGGAACAUAACCUUGCCCAAGGACCCCAAGCCUCCCGUUACGCCGCCUGUGCCUCCUAAACCUGGCUCCCCGCAGAGCAGAGUCCUGUUUCUCACCGACAUCCACUGGGACAAAGAGUACAUUACGGGCAGUGCCGCCGACUGCAAGGAGCCUCUGUGCUGCCGUAAAGACUCCUACUCCCCGAUGUGGUGGCGCCGGGAGGCUGGCUACUGGGGAACGUACGGCAAAUGCGACCUGCCGCUCAGGACGGUGGAAAAUCUCCUAGAAAAUGCCGCGGGGGCCGGACCCUGGGACUGGGUCUACUGGACGGGAGACAUACCGGCACAUAACGUCUGGUCUCAGACGAGGCAACAGCAGCUGUCUGCUCUUACAGUCAUCACCAGGCUCAUCCAGAAACAUCUCGGGCCUAAUGUGACAGUCUACCCGGCUAUUGGGAACCACGAGAGCACGCCGGUGAACAGCUUCCCUCCGCCUUUCGUUCAUGGCAACAGAUCCUCCGCUUGGCUCUAUAACACAAUGGCUGACGAGUGGUCAAAAUGGCUGCCGGAGCAGGCUUUGAAGUCUCUGAGAUACGGAGGCUUUUACACGAUCGAGAUCCAGCCGGGCCUGAGGCUGGUGUCCCUCAACAUGAACUUUUGUGCUCGUGAGAACUUCUGGCUCAUGGUGAACUCCACUGACCCCGCUAACCAGCUGCAGUGGCUGGUCCAUGUACUCCAGACCAGUGCAGACAAGGGGGAGAAAGUUCAUAUCAUUGGUCAUAUUCCACCUGGUCUGUGUUUGAGCAGUUGGAGCUGGAACUACUAUCAUAUUGUCAACAGAUAUGAAAGUACCAUUACGGGUCAGUUUUUUGGACACACACACUUUGAUGAGUUCCAGAUGUUUUAUGAUGGGGAGACCAUGACUCGCCCACUGGGGGUUUCAUUCAUUGCUCCCAGUGUGACCACCUAUAUCAAUUUAAACCCAGGUUACCGUGUGUACUACGUAGAUGGGAACUAUCAAGGCAGCUCCCGGAUGGUUCUGGACCACGAGACUUUCAUCCUCAACUUGACAGAGGCCAACCAUAAAUCGGGAGAGCCCAAAGAGAACCCCAAGUGGACUCUGCUGUACCGCGCCACAGAGACCUACGGGCUCGCCAGCCUUUUCCCCUCCGAUUUGGACAAGCUCGUACAGGGCUUCUUCGGGGACGAGCGCCUCUUCCAGAAGUUCUGGUACUUCCGACACAAGGGGCACGUCUCGGAGCCGUGCAAGGAGACUUGCAAAACCGCCAUCUUGUGCUUUUUACGAAGCGGCAGAUACGACUUACUGCAGAAGUGUGACCUCAAUGGUGUCAAAGUUAGAAAAAGUCUGUGUUAGGCAAAGCAGCAAUGACAUCACACAGAAAUGUUUUGUUCCUCGCUGCUAGUAUUUCAGGGAGAAUAGCCAUGACAUGAACAAUAGGUUUGACCUCAUGUGGUGUGCCCAUGCUUUAAUUUUUGUUUCCAGCUAAAAAUGUUUUCUGUUUACUUGAAAUGCAAUAAUGUUUGUUCGCAAUCAAUCCAAAUACAGUGGCACUAUACUUUAUUUCACACACAAUGUCCAUCUGCAUCAUGACAAAUGUAGCUUGCUGAUUGCCUGUAUAAAUUGUGAAUAAAAUAUAUAAUUUGUGAAUGAAUUAAAUGGUUUUGGUACAUG